UAGUCACUGGAGCGCCCCGGCCCGGUGUCCAGCGCACCCAAAAGUGACAGCUCAGGAGGUGUGUCUGCUCAGCAGGAGCCAGCAUGGACCAGUCUGUGGCUAUCCAGGAGACCCUGGCUGAGGGGGAAUACUGCAUCAUCGCGGUCCAAGGUGUGCUGUGCGAGGGAGACAGCAGACAGAGCCGCCUUCUGGGGCUCAUCCGCUACCGCCUGGAACAUGGAGGCCAGGAACAUGCUCUCUUCCUGUAUACGCACCGGAGGAUGGCCAUUACCGGGGAUGAUGUCUCUUUGGACCAGAUAGUGCCUGUCUCGCGGGAUUUCACACUGGAAGAAGUGUCCCCAGGUGGUGAACUCUACGUUCUUGGCUCAGAUGUGACCGUCCAGCUGGACACAGCAGAGCUCAACCUCAUAUUUCACCUACCCUUUGGGUCACACACCAGGAUGUUCCUCCAGGAAGUUGCCAGGGCCUGUCCAGGCUUCGACCCUGCGACCCCUGAUCCAGAGUUCCAGUGGCUGUCUCGAUACAGGUGCACCCAGCAAGAGCCUCCGCUGCCCUGUUGGAACUCGGCCUCAGGCAUCAGAAUUGGCGGAGGUGGUUCUCACUUUGAUGAUUUGAGGCCAAAUGGGAAAGGCCUGCUUGUGGACCAAAGCUCCCGGGGUCAGGAUAAACCAGAAAACUUGCUCACAAGACAGACUAAAUCUAAAUCUGAAAUAACUGACAUGGUUCGCUCCUCCACUAUCACAGUGUCAGACAAGGCUCAUAUUUUAACAAUGCAGAAGUUUGGGCUACGAGAUACAAUAGUGAAAUCACGUCUAGUGCAGAAAGAAGAGGAUUAUACCUAUAUCCAGAACUUCAGGUUUUUUGUGGGCACAUACAAUGUGAAUGGACAGUCCCCCAAAGAGUGCCUCCAGCCUUGGCUAAGCCACGGUAUCCAGGCCCCAGAUGUAUACUGCGUAGGAUUCCAGGAGCUCGAUCUGAGUAAGGAGGCCUUUUUCUUCCAUGAUACCCCAAAGGAGGAGGAGUGGUUUAAAGCUGUAUCAGAGAGUCUUCAUCCAGACGCCAAGUACGCAAAGGUGAAGCUCAUCCGACUGGUUGGGAUUAUGCUGCUGUUGUAUGUGAAAGAGGAACACGCAGCGCACAUCUCGGAAGUGGGAGCGGAGACUGUGGGGACGGGAAUCAUGGGCAGGAUGGGGAACAAAGGAGGAGUGGCAAUCAGGUUCCAGUUCCACAACACGAGCAUCUGCGUUGUGAAUUCUCACCUGGCAGCCCACACAGAAGAGUAUGAGAGGAGGAACCAGGACUAUAAAGACAUUUGUUCUCGAAUGCAGUUCUGUCAGGUUGAUCCAAGCCUUCCCCCUCUCACCAUCAGCAAGCACGACGUGAUCUUGUGGCUGGGCGACCUCAACUACAGGAUAGAAGAGCUGGAUGUGGAAAAAGUGAAAAAGCUCAUCGAAGAGAAGGACUUUCAAACCCUGUAUGCGUAUGACCAGCUGAAAACUCAAGUGGCAGCAAAGGCUGUCUUUGAAGGCUUCACAGAAGGCGAGCUCACGUUCCAACCUACCUAUAAGUAUGAUACUGGCUCUGACGAGUGGGAUACCAGUGAGAAGUGUCGCGCUCCUGCCUGGUGUGACCGGAUCCUCUGGAAAGGCAAGAACAUCACUCAGCUGAGUUACCAGAGCCACAUGGCCCUGAAGACCAGUGACCACAAGCCGGUCAGCUCAGUGUUUGACAUUGGGGUGAGGGUUGUAAAAGAAGAGCUUUACCGGAAGACUCUGGAGGAGAUUGUUCGUUCCCUGGAUAAGAUGGAAAAUGCCAACAUUCCUUCUGUGUCCCUCUCCAAGCGAGAGUUUCAUUUUCAGAAUGUGAAAUACAUGCAGUUGCGAGUAGAAUCCUUUACAAUUCAUAAUGGACAAGUACCCUGUCAGUUUGAAUUCAUCAACAAGCCUGAUGAAGAGUCUUACUGUAAGCAGUGGCUGAAUGCCAACCCCAGCAAAGGGUUCCUCCUGCCAGAUGCUGCCAUGGAUAUUGAAUUGCAGGUAUUUGUAAACAAGACCACGGCUACAAAGCUCAGCUCAGGUGAAGACAAAAUUGAGGACAUUCUGGUUUUGCACUUGGACAGGGGAAAGGAUUACUUUUUGUCAGUGUCUGGGAACUACCUGCCCAGCUGUUUCGGAACUCCCAUUCAUACAUUGUGCUACAUGAGGGAUCCAGUCUCGGACCUGUCGCUUGAAACUGUUAGAGAGCUGACUCUGAUGCCACUAGGGAUUGAAGAUGAUGGGAGCCAUUUGGAGAAACCCAUGAAAAUCCCUAAAGAGCUCUGGAUUAUGGUUGAUUAUCUGUACCGAAAUGCUGUCCAACAGGAAGAUCUGUUUCAACAGCCAGGCCUAAGGUUGGAAUUUGAGCAUAUCAGGGACUGUUUGGAUACUGGAAUGAUCGAUACCCUCAGUAAUUCCCCCACUAGCAAUCACUCCGUAGCCGAAGCCUUGCUGCUUUUCCUGGAAAGCCUGCCAGAGCCCGUCAUCUGUUACAGCGCCUACCAUAACUGCUUGGAGUGUUCUGGCAACUACACAGCAAGUAAACAGGUCAUUUCCACUCUCCCCACAUUCCACAAAAAUGUUUUCCACUACUUGAUGGAAUUUUUGCAAGAACUGCUGAAAAAUUCAGCAAAAAAUCAUUUGGAUGAGAAUAUUCUAGCUAGCAUAUUUGGCAGCUUACUGCUUCGAAACCCAGCUGGUCACCAAAAGCUUGAAAUGGUAGAGAAGAAGAAGGCUCAAGAAUUUAUUCACCAGUUCCUCUGCAACUCACCCUGAGCCUGUCUGUCUCUUCUAUUUUACCUGAGGCAGCCAAUUACCAGUCCCACCUGUUUCAGUUCAAGAGUGGCCUUAAGAGGAUGUGAGGCCACUUGGGAGCAAGAAUGGCAACUGCCUAUUUCCUGAGCCCAGGUCGUCCUCCCCCACCAUGGCUCACACUCAGUGCUCAGUGCUGUGAGUUGUGAGGACACAGGGUGGGGGGGGGAAUCUACCACAAUAAAACUGACAUUCGGAUGUUCAACUUUAGUUAUUUAACACACAUAGAGCUCUAUUUUUUUUUAAUUUUAAAAAUGUCUAAGUAACUGCACUUGUGCUCACUUUGCCUACCUCCAGGGCAUAGUCGGUGCCUUCCCUGUAGCCUGGGCAGAGCUCCCCAUGAUCAGAUAUUUGAACAAACUGGAGUUUUGAAGGGAGAAUGAGUUGGACAGCAAGAACGCAAGUGGAAGCUGCUUGGAUACACAGGCCACAGCCAGCCCAGAUGCUUCCAGCACUCUGUCUGAGGAUAUAUGUAUAUGUAUAUGCAAGCCUUACCCCCUUUCCUACUCAGAUGUGGCUCAAAAACUCUGGGGCUGGCCACUCAGCCUCUGCCGGCAAUUCAGUGGCUUGAAAAUGAAAAUACUGAAGAAAUUUGGUGUUCUGGUGAAACAAGUGGGAUUUUUCUGGGCAAACUGUAUAUGAUGCAUCCCCUCUCUUAUAUGUGUAAUAUAUUUUAAUGAUAAAUGUAUUUUUAACAGUG